UCAGUUCACACAAAUAGUGUUUUACGUCAUUCGAUAUUCACUGUGCAUUCGAGUUCAAACGUGCCAUCUGACGGCGGUAUUCUGAAACAACGCGGCAGGGUUUUUGUUAGUUGGUAAAAAGUAGUGCGAAGAGGAGUACGGGAUUAUCGAAGCGCUAGAUUGCUAUGUAGUCCUAGAGAAGACGUGUCGGUUCAUUAUUUAGUUCAGUGAUUCAGACGAAGGAAGGAUAAUAAAGUUCAGUUCGAUAUCAUUGAGAAGAACUACUUUCACCAGCGUGUGCGUAGUAGUGACUUGUUAACGGGUGUUGGGUGUUGGUGCCCAGCCCUAAUCUAUAUCGUUUUGUGUGGUGUUCGAAACAAGAAUUUUUCUACUAAAGUGAAUGGCUGAAGUGACAACUCUCUAAGAUGCCCGAGGAAACGAAGGCGGCGACCACGCCCACCGACGGCGAGAACGGACAAGCGUCCCCGCGACAUGCCAGCCCCGCCGCCCCCGCUGCGCCACCCAAGGGGAAGACGGUGCUGGCGCGCGUGGCCCUGCUCGACGGCACGCUACUCGACGUCAACAUCGAGCGAAAAGCAAAAGGUUCAGAACUUUUGGCUCGAGUGUGUGACCAUUUGAAUCUCAUAGAAAAGGACUACUUUGGUCUCACUUACGCUGAUAGACAUGACCCUAGGAAUUGGUUGGAGAUGGAUCGUCGAAUCAGCAAGUUCCUCAAAAAUGAACCGUGGAAAUUCAACUUUGAAGUCAAAUUUUAUCCUCCUGAUCCAGCUCAGCUUCAUGAGGACAUCACUAGGUACCAACUUUGUUUGCAGAUACGAAAUGACAUUUUGGAGGGCAAGCUGCCUUGUUCGUUUGUGACACAUGCUCUCUUGGGUUCAUACUUGGUACAGUCAGAAGUCGGUGAUUUUGAUGCAGAAGAGCAUGGUCGCACCUACCUAAAAGACUUUCGUUUUGCUCCUAAUCAGACCCCAGAGUUAGAAGAGAAAGUCAUGGAUUUGCAUCGUACCCAUAAGGGACAGACACCAGCAGAGGCAGAAUUACAUUACCUAGAAAAUGCUAAGAAACUUGCAAUGUAUGGUGUAGAUUUGCAUCCAGCAAAGGACUCUGAAAAUGUUGAUAUUAUGUUAGGAGUGUGUGCCUCGGGCCUCUUAGUCUAUCGUGACAGAUUACGUAUCAAUAGGUUUGCUUGGCCUAAGAUUCUUAAAAUUUCGUAUAAAAGACAUCAUUUUUACAUCAAAAUUCGACCUGGUGAAUUUGAACAGUAUGAAUCUACCAUUGGCUUCAAAUUAGCCAAUCAUCGGGCAGCGAAAAAAUUGUGGAAAGUGUCUGUUGAACACCACACAUUUUUCAGAUUAAUGACUCCUGAACCUACUCACAAGACUGGGCUGUUCCCGCGUUUUGGCUCUAAGUUCCGAUACUCUGGACGCACCCACUACGAGACGAAAAAGGCAUUUGUAGAACGACCUGCUCCAAGAUUUGAACGUAGCUUGAGUGGCCGUGGCCUUACCUCAAGGAGUAUGGAUGCUCUUGCUCACCCACGUCCAGUGGAUGACGAUUUCAAUAAACGACAUACCAUGUCGCACCCGCCAGACCACAUUCCUGACAUUGAACAUGUAGAUGAGAAUAAACCGAAAGCUGUGAAAGAUUUAAAGAAAAAAGAAGAAAAACUCAAGGAAAAGCUGGAGCGCAAAGCCAGCACGGGGACCACUUCCAACAGCUCCACAAGUUCCAUGGAGGGGGAGUACGAGGCAGGGGUAAAGGAGGAUGGGGUGGCCAAUGACCCUGACAGCUCAUCCGACAGCAAACCUAAGAAACCAGUUGGUGGUGUGGCUGUUCUGCCUCCUGGUGCCCUUAACUUCGGGAAGAAAAAGAAGGAAAAGGACAAGGAAAGUGAAGCAGAAGGUGGAAAGUACACUUCCGACGAGAAAGAAAAUCGAGGUAGUAAUGAUGCAGAUGUUAUUAAGGAUGAUAUUAUCAUCACUUCUUCACCAGAAAAAUCUCCAGGCAAGAAGGAUAAAAUGAAGAAGGACAAAGAUAAGGAGAAAGGGGAACAUGAAACCAGUGAGAAACAGGACAAAGAGAAAGAAAAGGAAAAGAAAUUAAAGAGUCCUGGAUUCCUGUUCGGGAAAAGUUCUCCCAAAGACAAAGAAAAAGAUGAGGAGAAGAAGAAAGAAAAGAAGAAACUGAAAGAAAAGAGUGAAGAUAAGAAAGAUAAGGAAAAAGAGAAGAAAGAGAAAAAAGAGAAGGAGAAGAAAGAAAAGAAAGAAAAGAAGGCUAAAAAGGGAAAGGGAAAAGGCGAUGAAAGUGUUGACAAAGACAGGUCAUUAGAUACAGAGUCGGAGUUGUCAUCAGCACCUGUCAGUCCUCAGAGAUCUGGAGCUGACAGUAGUUCACCACAUCCUGAUUCACCUCCACAGUAUACCAAAGAGUAUGAUUAUGUGGAAGAUUCAACACCCACCGGACGAAAAUUCUCUCCUGCAGAUCAAGGCUUCUCAUAUGAGGGAGUUCGGUCACCCAAUGAUUCUGGAGAUAUAACUCAGCUACAUCAGUCUCCCACUGGAGGUCGCCGAGCUACUGGUGUUGCAUUUAAUUAUGCUCCAGGUGAAGAACAAGUCUUAGCUGAGACUGCUGAAAAGCGCAAGGCUGGUCUACGGACUCCUGGGCUUGAUUAUGUUGAAUCGGCUGCUAGGAAAGAACAUGCACGAGGUGGAAUAGAUCCAAAUGCUGCAUUUAUUGCACAUGAGAGUGGUCUGGAUAGUCAAUUGGGUAAACAUGGUGGUCCCACUACUACUCCAUACUCCAUAGUGGUGUAUCCUCGCAAAAAUGAGGGAGGAAAACCAGAUUCUUGGGUGGCAACUAUAUUUGGCUCCAACAAUAGAACAAUCACUGUUGACACUAGCGUCGGAAAAGAUGGUAAACCUGUAACUACAAUGGUAGGUCAGGAUGGAAACCCUAUUCAAACUGAGGUUAAAGUUGGGCCUAGUGGUAAACGCGUAACUGUAGGGAAAACAGUUGAUGCCAAUUCCACUCCACUCAUAAUUGAAACUUCAGUAGGAAAUGAUGGAAAACCUGUCACUACAGUCUUCACAGAAGAUGGAAAACCAAUUGUCACUGGAUCUGUUGGAAGUGAUGGAAUUCCAGUAAUUGGAAGGAGUUUUGUUGCUUCACCAAUUGUAGGAUCUUCCCCUCAGAAGUGGAGUGCUACUGCUACUGGUCUUGAUGGUACACCAAUUGUCGUGGAAACUAUUACUGGAAAAGACGGUAAACCAGUUACUACUAUGAAAGGUCCUGAUGGAAAACCAUUAGCAACUGAAGUGCGUACUGGAGAUAAUGGCAAGCCAAUUACAAUUGGAAAAAUUAUUGAUUUGACUGGCAGGCCUCUUAUUAUUGAAUCUGCUGUUGCAAGUGAUGGAAAGCCUGUUACUACUGUUUUCUCUCAAGGUGAAAAACCUAUCUUUUCGGAAUCUCCUGGUAGUGGCCAUCCAGUAUUAUCUCGUGUUGUUGGUGUAAAAUCAUCUUCACCCCAGACUUGGACUGCUACUGUUACUGGUUUAGAUGGUAAACCAAUAAACGUAGAGACAACAGUUGGAAAUGACGGGAAACCAAUUACCAUUAUUAGGGGUCCAGAUGGUAAAUUAAAUACCACUCAGUUGAAGACCUUGCCUAAUGGAAAACCUGCAACACUUGGGAAAUAUGUUGAUACUACUGGAACACCUUUGUUAAUUGAAACUACUGUUGGAAAUGACGGAAAGCCAAUUACAAGUGUUCUUCAGGCUGAUGGGAAAACUAUCCCUGGUGUUGGCAGAAGUGAUACUGGUGUGGUUCUUGGUGGCAUUUUGAAGCCUUACCCAACCCAGACUUGGGUGGCUACUAUUACUGGAUUAGAUGGUAAACCUAUUGGUGUUGAAACAACUGUUGGUAAUGAUGGAAAACCGAGUACAACAAUUAAAGGACCAGAUGGUAAAUUGGUUCCCACUGAAUUGAAAAUAGGGCCAAGUGGUAAGCCAGUAAUGGUAGGUAAAUUAGUUGAUACAGCAGGCACACCUCUCAUAAUUGAAACCAGCAUUGGAAAUGAUGGAAAACCUUUAACGAAUGUUCUCAGACAAGACGGUACCCCAGUUUUCUCUGGUAUGGUUGGUAGUGACAGUAAAUUUGGUGUGGGAGAUGUUAUUGGAGCAAUAACAAAGCCUGUGUCAACUCAGACUUGGAUUGCCACUAUAACUGGAUUAGAUGGCAAACCUAUAACUGUAGAGACUGUGGUAGGUGUUGACGGAAAGCCAACCACAUUAAUGAAGAAUUAUGAUGGAAAAUCCAUUCCUACUGAAGUAAAGAUUGGACCAGAUGGACAGCCCAUUACAGUUGGUAAGGUUGUUGAUUCCAAUGGCACUCCUCUUAUUAUUGAAACAUCUCUUGGAAAUGAUGGAAAACCCAUAACAACAGUUCUUCGUCAGGAUGGAACACCUGUUAUCACUGGAAUGGUUGGUGGAACUAGUGGACCAGGAACAGGAGGCAUUCUUAGUACCAUAUCAAAACCUUUGCCUUCACAGACAUGGAUAGCUACAAUUACUGGCUUAGAUGGCAAACCCAUUGUAGUUGAAACUACUGUUGGGAAAGAAGGGAAACCAGUAACAAUUAUGAAAACUCACGAUGGCAAGUCAAUUCCUACAGAAGUGAAGAUUGGCCCAGAUGGCAAACCCAUUACUAUAGGAAAAAUUGUUGAUUCAAACAAAACUCCAUUGAUUAUUGAAACUUCUAUUGGAAAUGAUGGAAAACCUAUUACAAGCGUUCUUAGACAGGAUGGUACUGCUGUUGUCACUGGGGUAUUUGCUGGUGAUAGUAGAUCAGGUGAUCAGAAUUUGAGUGCUUCUAAACCUCUUUCUUCUCAAACAUGGGUUACAAACAUAACUGGUUUAGAUGGAAAACCUAUUACUGUUGAGACAACUCUUGGAAAUGAUGGAAAUCCCAAAACAAUCAUGAAAGGUCCUGAUGGAAAACUUGUUCCUACAGAAACAAAAAUAGAUGUGAAUGGCAAACUCGUGACAGUAGGAAAGGUAAUUGACUCAACAGGUAGAUCUUUGACCUUUGAGACUCUAAUGGGAAACGAUGGAAAGCCAGUCACUACAGUUGUUCAAGAAGAUGGAACAGCUGUUGCCACAGGGUCUGUUGGUACUGGAAAAAUUCUUUCCACCCAAACAUGGACUACAACCAUUAAAGGUAUUGAUGGGAAACCUGUAUCAGUUGAGACAACUCAGGGUAAGGAUGGAAAAGUAACAACAGUGAUGCGUGAUCAUAGUGGAAAAACUAUUCCAACAGAAGUGAAAGUUGGCAAGGAUAAUAAACCAGUAACUCUCGGACGAGUAAUUGAUUCAAAUGGAACACCUGUUAUUAUUGAAACUGUGAUGGGUGAGGAUGGAAAACCUGUAACCACUGUGCUCAGCGAAGAUGGCAAACCAUUUGUGAUUGAACCAGUUGGACCAGGCAAAGUUCUUGCUGCUCAAACAUGGACAACAACUGUGAGAGGUCCUGAUGGAAAACCUGUUGUUGUUGAAACAGUACUUGGGAAAGAUGGUCAACCCUUAACUACCAUGACAGAUCACAACAAUAAACCAAUAGCUACAAAAAUUAAAACUUCCAGUGAUGGUAGACCCAUAACUGUUGGCAGAAUAGUAGAUUCAAGAGGAAUACCUCUAAUUUUUGAGACCUGCAUGGGUGAUGAUGGUAAACCCAUCACAACUGUAUUCAAUGAAGAAGGUACUCCUUUGUUCACUGCUACUAUUGGUGAGGGGGAUACUCCUGCUAGUAAAGCUCAUACUCGAUCUGGAAAAGUUAGAACAGGGUUAUCCAAAAGGGCUGCUGAAAGCUCAGACAGUGAUCACAGCUCAAGUAGCGAUGACCUGUCUGAUUAUGCGGAAGGUAAAGAGGAAGCAUUGCGAGGACCAGGAGCUAAGCUACGAGCUGAAACAGCAGCACCGAAGAUUGUCAAGACCACCACUAAGCAGACCGUGGUGAAGGAUCGAGAGGGACUGGUGCAGAAUGUGGAAGAGAAGGUGGAGGACCUGACACCAGGAGGAUCUGGUGCUGUCACUGUGUCCACCCACACCAACAAGGCUGAAGGGUUAGAAGAUGGUUUAUCGCCACGAAUUACUGCCACAGCAGUGACCACCCGUACUGCUACAACUCAUGAAGAUAGAGAGAAAAAUGCGAAAACAAGUCAGGUUGAAGAGAAGACUGUGGCACAUACAAUGGCAACAAGUGCCACACGCCAAGAACAAAGAGUCGUAACUCAUGAGGUGCGCUCAACCUCCACUGUUACUGCUAGUGAUCAGCUGUUUUCUAGGCGCUCUAGUACGGAUAGUUCAAGUUCGGAUGACUCGGGCACGCCCAUUGAUCUGGAUCCAGACCAGACUGCUUCAGGCUUGUUCUAUUCCAAUGGUGCAGCAUAUGGUUUCCAGGGAGGUGCAGGUGGUGCCCAACCCAUUGUUCAAACAGAAACAUUGGUGUAUGGUGACCCUGCAGCAGCUGUAGAUCCUCCUCGUGCAACGACUGCACUGCCUGUUGUUGCUACUGAAAGUUGCAAAGUGGCACUGGAGUCAGAUGAUGGCCUGUACUCUGCUACAGGAGAGGUGGUUAGCUCUCAGACCAUCAGCAGCAAACGUCGAACAGUGGAGACUAUUACUUACAAAACAGAACGAGACGGUGUGGUAGAGACCCGGGUAGAACAGAAAAUAACCAUCCAAUCAGAUGGAGAUCCCAUUGACCAUGAUCGUGCUCUUGCUGAAGCCAUCCAAGAGGCUACUGCUAUGAAUCCUGACAUGACUGUGGAGAAAAUAGAAAUUCAGCAGCAAAGCACAGCCCCACAGUGAGAGAUUUCAAGAACAUUGGGCUAGCAGGUGCUGAAUGAAGAAUUUUGUGAAAUUGCUUUUUUAUUUUCCAACGUUAUAGUGUAUCAACUGUAAUGUUAAUGAAGAUGUUCAAACCCUGCUAAAGCCAAAAAUGAACACAACUCCUCCCAUUCAGUUAUAUAACCAGAAAUCUUUUUUCUGUACUUCUAUUAAUGAAGCCAUUAGCUAAGUCAUGAGUGAGAGGUCUUUGUUGUGUGAUGUAGAGCACCUUGACAGUAGCUUCAUUCUUCAGCAAAUAUACAAAUUUAAGCCUGCUGCUGGCAUUCUGUGAUGAGCUCAUUGCAGGGGCUUUAAUUUUUGUAUCCACCGAUUGCUUUAGUUUUUUCACCCAUCCUUGUUGUUUAAAUUAACUAUGGAUCCAAACUUUCAUGGAUUCAAGUUCUUUCCUCAACUAAGCUUAUUUCUUCUCAUUCCAAUAGGUUUUAGAAUAUUCUUUAUGCUUUUCAUCAGCACAAGGAAGGAUGGGGUGGUUCAUAUGAAAUGCAUCAUCUUGACUUUGUAAAUUUUGGCCCUUGCCAGCUUUUGAGUUUUGUCUCAAGAUUGAGAAGUGACUGCUUGUCUUUUUGUCACCUUGUAACAAAAAUGAUCUUGACUUCUUUUAAGUCGGUAUGACUUAAGUGAAGUCAAAUACCUUUUUUAAACUUUGCAUUUGAAUUGCAUUUAGCGUAAGGCCAUAUUUAUAUAUUGUAUAUAAUGUCCAAAAGCCGUGCACUGUUUUGUGUUUUAAAGUGAAUGUUCCUGAACUGAUUUAUAUGGUUAUCAUGAAAAUAAGAUAGAUAAUACAGUUUUGUGGGGGAAGAUGUGCAAGUGUUGUGCUGUUUCUUGAUGGGUUUUCAUGUUUUCUGGAAUUAACAGAAUAUUAAAAGGUUAGUUCUCUUUAAGAUCAAAUCUUUUUAAACUGUUUCUGGAGAGAUUCCGUGUGCACGAUGGAGAGCUGUCUACUUGUUCCCAAAAAUGUGUAAUUUUUACCAAGAAGAUGCUUCUGAACCAAGAUAACUAAGUUGUCUGUGUAGUAUGUAAUGCUCAUUAUAUUGAUAACUUUUUACCUGCACAUUAUUUUUGUUAAUUCUUUUGUAUUUUAUCUUAUAUAUACACUAUCAAAUAGGUUUGUUAAGUGGGAACAGAUUCACAGGGGUGUUAAUUGUAAGCAUUAAAAUAUAAAAUUCUUCUGUUCAGUAUAGUUUAUCAAGAUUUUAAUUUUCCUUUAAGUAUGCAUUUUAUGUUAACACAACUGGUGCAACAACAUUUUUGAUUGUGACGGUUAUUCCAGCAGACAUGCCAAGUUUUGCUGCAAAACAGUAAUAAGAUAUGGCCCAUUACCUGUUUAGUUCCAAAAUGAACUUUUUUGUCUACUUUGGAAGUUUUAUGUAUAAUUUAUGUAAUAAGUUUGAACUAAACAAAAUUUACAGAAAUGUAAUAUUUUCAGGCAGUCUUCAAAUUUCAUAACUUCAGUAUUAAGAAUAAUAUCAUUUCCAUUUUGUAUACUCUCAUUCUUCUUUCCCAUUUUCAUAAAACAAUGGUGCCAACCAUUGUACUGGACUUCAGUAAUAUAUUAUUGAGACGAGCCUGAAUUUAUAAUUUGUGUACUAAUACAACGUUAGUACUUUUAACUGUUUAUUUUAUGUUUUUGUGCAAGCACAAAACUUUCCAAUGGUGCACGAUUUUUGGUCACCAAUAUUUUCAUAUUGUAUUUAUCAGAUGGUUUGGGGUUUGGAAGUGUGGAUAGGAAUAGAUGUAGUUAUAGGACAUGGACAGAAAUUCAUGAAAGAAGACCAGUAGGAACGUUCACAUUGACAGAACCUGGAAAAAUUAAAUUCAAUAUGACUGGUUCUUUUGCUAUUUGGGAUACAAUUUCCAGAUAGGAAGGGAAAAAUUCUUUGCUGUUUCAAAUUGUAUAUGACUUAAUGCACCUGACAGGUGCUACAGCUUGUUGUUUGCUGGUAUGCUAUUUAUUUUUAUAUUUCUUCAAACUGUUUCUGCAAUAAUUCAUAAAAUAAAAGAGGAUACUGUUAUCUAUUGCUGUUGCUGCUUUGCUUACUUUUGUAAGCUCAAAAGCAAUUAGAUAUAUUAUACAUAUAUAUAAAAUAUAUAAAUAUUCUGUGUACAUCUUACAUUCUUUUGUCAAAAUACAGCAUCUAAUAAAUACAUUUCUCAUGUGGCUGUUCAAGCACCGCUUUUAAAAAUGUUUUUUGUUUCUUAUUUAUUUAGAAUUGGGCAAGGAAGGAUAGUUUAUGAACACUGUAUUGGACUCUACUUUCCUGAAUAAUUUUAAUAAAAAUAAUAAUGUCAGUGUUACCUGUAACAUGAACCUUUGCUUCUGUUUGCUGUGGGAACAAGAUUACAGCAGCUAUUGUUCGUGGAUAUAUAUUAUUGAAGCCUUUACAUGGAAGUUAUUGGGACUAGAAUCGUGUUACAAUCAUAGAGCUGUUUGCGUUCUCAGUUACAAGAAAUGUAUGAAUAAAGGAAAUGAAAUGAAGCUUCAUUACACUAGAAAUGAUGUGUACCUGGAAUACAAAAUUUUUGUUGGUAAUAAAUAUCAUGAAAUUUAUAAGUAUAUUUCAUCCAAGAUGCUUGUUGAAACAAAUAUUGCACAUUUCCUGUUAGAGAUUUUUUUUGUACAAAAGCUGGUUUAUAAAAUAGAAAGGAAUGUCUGAUAAUAACCAAACUUUUUUCUUUAGGGUGGUUAUUGUUGGGUUUAUUUUGGUUCCUGCUCCUUCCCAAGAGUACACAGAAGUAUUUUGGUGUAAGAAAGAACCUAUAUUUUUUAGGCGGUUUAUGCCAAUGAAUCUUGUUCUCAAGUUAUUCUCCUGGUAUUUUGCCAGUAGUUAAUUAUUCUCUUCCCCAAGAAGUUUCAAGAUCAAGAAAAUCUUGAAGUGAAAUAUGAUUUCAUUUCAAAAUUAAAAAAAAAAGUUUAAUGCAUGCCCUGAAUGCAUUAUAAUGAAUUAAAUUCUGGAAAUUAUUCAGGUAUUGAGAGGUGCUGUGGUUCUUUUAUUUAUUUUUUUUCUAAAAGCAAUCAAUAUGCUACAUGGAGUAUGAGGAGACAUGCAAUAAAAGUAUACUUAAAAGAAUAUUUGAAGAUUCCUACUUCCUGUGCUUUGUUCACAUAGUAUUUGUGAUUUUGCCUUUUCACUAUUUUGUGUGCUCCAGUAUGUAUUCCACUCUAAAAUAUUUUAUUAUUAUUACUGUUGUUUCAUUAAAGUAUCUUUGUCAUGAAUGUGGCUCAAACUAACAAACAAAAUGUAAUUUUGUAAAGGGACAAACUUUUGUCGGAGCAAAUUUGUUCAAUAGAGAAGGAUAUUCUUGUGUGAGUGCUAUAUAUGGUCUAGACUGGAAAAUAAAGGCAGAUGUACGAGUGCUUGAUAUUAUUUUUAAAUGUAUUAUAGACUUAUUAGUGCUUAAGAACAACAUACUUUUUUAUCAUCCAAUUGUGAUAUUGGAAAAAUUGAAAUAAAUAUAUAUAUGAUACAGUCUAGUAAAAUCCUAGGACCCAGAUAUUGUAGUUAUAAAGAAAAUGUAUUUUUUGUAAUUAAUUAAAUAAUGCAAAGUUGCUUAAGGCAUGACAUCAUCACUUGGUGUAACUCAAACAUAGUCGUGGUGCACACAUACAUGCAGUUUAAUACAGAAGCCACAUUUUUAGAAGAAUUAUACUUUUGUAGAACGUUUGAUUUAUUGGAAUUUCUAAUGCGCAAAAGAUGUGAAAUAAUGAAAUGUAUUAUUCAAAUUGUGUAUGACUGUACAAGUUCAGUGUAUGAAACUUUGAAUUAUGUAACAUUUUUAUUUUCUGACUUUUGCAGCCUUUCAAUUAAUUACGAUACAAACUCUACUAUUGAGUUACUUUACAACAGAAUACUGAAUUCUUAUUGUUAUUGCUUCAUGCUUCACUAUACGUUGUGCAGCAUACAGACUUACCAAGUGGCUUCUGUUGUUAAGAACAAGUAAAGAUAUGCCUCAAUCCUAAACAGUUGUGAUUGACGGAAAUAAUCUAGUAGACAGUAGUUAUUUGACAUGCCUAGUAUCAUUUUCUGAAGUAAAGAAAUAUUUGCUUAAAGCUAAAGAUCUUUUCAAAGACCUUUUUAAAAAUAUAAUCGUAUAACAUUUAAUUUUUAGGUUGAAUGAAAAUACUUCUUUGGUUUAAAAUUAACCUGCAUUAAUUCCCUUUAUGCCGCAUAGGUAGUAUGAAUGGUGUAAAAUAAGAUCCUUCAAUACUACAGAAGGAUGAAAUAUUUGCCAAUAGGCAGUCUGUAGAUAACCUCUACUACUCUUCACCAAUACCUUUCCAUGAAUAUGAGGUGUAUUUUCGUAAUGUAUAAGUCACUAAAGAAAAUGGCUGAAGAAUAUAAAAUAUCUGAUCAUACAAUUUAAUAUUGUGUUAACAUCAGAGAAAAUGUUGGUUUUUAUUUAAUUCAUUUAUUGCAUGAAGUGUGAUAAAUGCUCAGAAACAAAGUAUUUCUGCCACCUAUUUGCAACCAUGUCUGAAUCAAGCUUGGUGGGCCAUGUGUGCCUUGUUAAUGUGCACACCAUUAGGAAAUUGAUGACCAAGAGGUAAGUUGGUUGAUGUUAUAACCUUAGAGAUAUAAAGUUGAUAAUAUUCUAGCCUAAGAGUAUAAAGUUGGAUUACAACAAUUCUUUGCAUAUAAGAUUUUAUUUUCCCUUGUGUUUCAUCUUCUUUGUUUCCCUCCUUGAACUUCUUUUUUUAUUUCAUUGAACCAUCCCUUAAGAGAUGAUAUGAACGGGUUGAACGGUUAUUCAUGUCGACUGUGAUCACUUUCCUAAACUUGUACUGACUUUCAUUCAUUCACCUCCUUAAUUUUUUACACUUUUAAGAAGUUUAUUAACAAAAAGGAUAAGAUGAUUAGUUUUUCACCAGUGGUUCUAAAAGUGGGUCUAA